GGGGCGGUGCGACACCAGAAUGGAGUAUCAGCCGGAUCCCGGACUGGUUGAUUGACAGCCAAGGUCUGGGUUUGGCUUGCUCAAUGUAAGACACACAGUGAGCGACCAGCACAGGGGUUGGACUCGUUCCCUUUUUAAUAGCUGCGCUUGAUUCGCUCUCUUGAUUCUGCUGCGGGCCUGUGGUUUCUCUCAUGAUAGUUGCACAACUGCUGAGCGGGUGCGUAUGGAACAGGAGUUACAUUUACAACAAAGGAACUUUUUUUCUUAAAAUUCGAAGAAAAUUGCGCCUUGAGGAGGAAAAAGAAAACCGCACAGCAAACCUCACCUGAGAGACUUGCUGUUGCUGGGACUACUUUUUCUCCGUGCUUCAAAGCAGGGGGAGAAAUAACCUGAAUUGAAUUGGGAGAGUGUUUUUUUUCCCUUUUAAAAAAUGAGUUUGAACGAGCAUUCAAUGCAAGCUCUGUCCUGGAGGAAGCUCUAUCUGAGCAGAGCAAAACUCAAAGCCUCCAGCAGGACGUCAGCUUUACUGUCUGGUUUCGCCAUGGUAGCCAUGGUGGAGGUACAGCUUGAAUCGGAAAACGAUUACCCACAAGGUCUCUUGAUCGCUUUUAGUGCCUGCACGACUGUAUUGGUUGCAGUACACCUUUUUGCUCUCAUGAUAAGCACUUGUAUUCUUCCAAAUAUUGAGGCCGUUAGCAACGUCCAUAACCUCAAUUCUGUCCACGAAUCGCCCCAUGAGCGUAUGCACAGGCACAUUGAACUUGCAUGGGCCUUCUCCACAGUUAUUGGGACCUUUCUUUUUCUUGCAGAAGUAGUGCUACUGUGUUGGGUUAAGUUUCUUCCAUUAAAGAAGAAUCCUGUGGAAGUCACUAUGGAAAAUAAUUCUACAUCAAUAUCACCUGGAAAAGCAGCGGCUAUUACAUCCACAGCGAUUAUGGUACCUUCUGGAAUAAUUUUUAUCAUUUUUGCAGUUCACUUCUAUCGGUCAUUAGUGAGCCACAAAACUGAGCGAGUUGAAAGAGAAUUGGAUGUACUUGUGCAACUGCAGGAUCAGCUGGACAGAGGGGACACAUUGCACCCUGCUGGUUCUCACUUUGGAUAAGAUUAGUUUUAAGCUAUUGGAGGAAUAGCCUUAUGACUAGUUUACAGCACUUGGUGCAUGAGAUGACUUAACUGUUAUACAACCUACAGGAGCUAUCUAAUCUUCAGUACUACUAUUGAAUACCUUGGGACAAUAACCAGCAGAGAACACCUUUUUUUUCUCAUCAUUUUUAAAUUCAAAUUGAAAUGACAAAGUGCAUGUAUUUACUUUGGAUUUGUACAGAAUUUUAAUUGGAUUGUUUAAACUUUCAUUAUUAAAGAGAUGGGGAUGUAUGUGUGUUAUACAGGAGUGUCUUAAUAACAAAACGAGAUGAUUUAAUGUAAUGCAAAGGUUUCUUUCUCUAUUUAUAAAACAUUUAUUUAUGGGAUAUGUAGUGCUGAUGUUCAAGCAGUAGCUAUCACUAGUAGUUAAUUUGUUGGUGAAUUGAGGGAAAUUGCAUUUUGGUCAGAGAUCCAAGUUAUUGACAAAUCAUCUGCAUAACUAAGUGUCUCUUGACUGUCCGACUCUGGUCAAAUGCUUGCUAUUUGCUUUAUCCAAACAAAUUGAUUGUUACUGUCACCUACGCCAGUCCCUGUUCUGUGCAUACAGCACAUCUAUCUUGCCUGUGCCAGUCCUCUUUUUGAGAUAUUCAAAUUUCCCCUUUUGUACAUACUAAUUAAAUCAGACUGCUAUAUUUAUUCUCACUCCUGCCCUUCCAUUGUCAGUUACCUUAAAUGUAUCUCAGAUUACCAAUCAUUAUGUUGGUGUAAACUGCAUUCUCUGUCUAGUCUACAAAAACCUUUCAUAAUGUUAAUCACCUUCUAACAUGACAGUAUCCUUAUUUUUCACACAUUUGGCACUGCUUACCAAUCUCCCUCUCUACCUUAUCCAAGGCUGUUGUCAGAUGCCAUGCUGCUGAGGAAAGGGAGAAAGGAAAUGCAGUACAAUAAACUAGCAGUGUACAUAAUAGUGUUCAAGAAAUAUUCUGUUGAUAUGUGAACACAGUAUUGUAAGAGAAGAGAUGGGUCUCCUCAGAGACUAAAAAGGAAACUUGCUCAUGGAGACAGAGGAUGUAGCCAAAUGAACACUUGACAUUAGUCAUCAUCAAGGAAGAAACUAAUGCUGAAGUCUCAGGAAGAUAUAAUUGAGAUUCUGAAAGGGCUAAUUGAUGCAAAAUAUCAGAAAAGCUACCUGCAUCUAAUUGAUCACCUACUGAUCAGGUGGGAUGCACACCAGAUUGCCUUAAGAACAACCGGUUUAAGGAUGGAUCCAGUAGAACGGAUGAGGAACAACCAUGGAUAUGUGUAAUUGGAUUCCCCAGAAAGCCUUUAAAGUCCCUUAAUGUAGAUUGAGAGUUAGUUAACAGAUAGAAAAUAAAGAAUGGGAAUAAAUGGGUUCAGGUCACAGGCUGUGGCUUGUGAAGUAUUGCGGGGAUUGGUGCUUGUGCUGCAACUUUGGACCAUCUAUAUCAAUGAUAUGCCCAGGGGGCCAAAUGUAACAAUUCCAAAUUUGCUGAUGAUGUGAAACUGUGGGAAUGUGAGUAAUGCUGAGGAAGCAAAGAAGCUUAGUGAGGAAAUUGAGCUAAGUGAGUUGUGUGCCUAAUGUGGGAUAAACACAAAAAUGCAGCAUAUUUCUUAAAUGGUGGAAUUGGGAAACGUUGAUGUUCAAAGGGAUUGGGAGUCAUUGUCUAUAAUGUUGGCUUUCAUUGACUUGCGUACAAUGAGGAAGGCAAAUUGAUUGUUGGCUUUUAUUACCAAAGGACAUCUUGAUGGUGUAAUUACUACUACUGCCUCACAGCUCCAAGGAUUUGGGUUCACUCUUGACAUUGGAUGCUGUCUGUAUGAAGUUUGUACAUUCUCCCUGUAACUACAUGACUUCCACUGGGUGCUCUGGUUUUCUCCCACAUCUCAACGACAGGCCAGUGGGUAAUUGGCUACCUCUUAGUGUGGGUAAUUGGUUACAAGGGGGGAAUUGAUGGGCAUGUCAGAGAGAAUAAAUAGCAGUGGUGUAAGGAAAUAAGUAUGUGGGAAUGGACCAAUGGGAUUAUGCUGCCGGAAUUCCCUUUCCUCGUGGGCUGUUGAGCUGGGGACAGAAGUGGAAAAUGCUGAAUAGAAGAUCAGCCAUGAUCUUGUAAUGGAAUGAUGGUGAAAAUCAACUCUAGAUGCUAGAAAUCUGAAAUUUAAAAAAACAGAUAAGGCAGCAUUGGUGGAAAGGGAAAUGGAGGUGAUUGGCAAAACCAAAAGGAAGACAAGGAAAGCCAUUUUAUAAUGCAGCGAGUGGCCAGGUCUGGAAUGCCCAGGUAGUGGUGGCCAUGGAGGCAACUCUGUUUACAACAUUCAAAGGAGAGAGGGACUAGCUGAAUUGUUCUUGCACAGAGCUAGUACAGACUCCACAAACCAAAUGGCCUUCCUCCAGGCUGUAACCAUUGUGAUUCUGGUUUUAUUGAUGACACACUUCAUUAGCAGGGGUGAGAGAGCAAAGAGAAGAAUAAUGUAAGAAUAAAACAUAUUGGUUCCUGUUUAAGAUAUCCAGAAUGAUAAUACAAAGGCAAAAUACAGCAGGUGCUGGAAAUCUGA